UCUCCAGCCAAUAUUUUGUCGGGAUGUUUUGACUGAUGCUACUCUCUUGAAUAAAUUCUCUUAAAAAUGCCCACAUUUAUCAAAAUAUUACGAAUUUUUGCUUUUUCCCUGCUCUACACAAGCUGUGCUAAAGCUAACCUAAAGGAUAUUCUUAAAGACUACAAUACCUUAGAAAAAGCUGAUAUCAAUAACAUAGUGACAAGAAGAAAYGAGGAUGGUGUUAUUGACAAAGUUAUUUCUUUUAAAGCUUUAGGAAGGAAAUUUCUGUUACAUCUAUCUCCAAAUGAAGGAUUAUUUUCUAAGAAUUUUGAAGCCUUUUCUGUAACAAGUGAAGGGAAAGAGGAAAGAAUAUCGAUAGAUAAACUGAGAUUCUACAAAGGCUAUGUAGAGGGAGAAAGUGAUUCUCAUGUCAGCGCACAUCUAAAAGAUGGAUUGAUGACAGCUACAAUAGCAACAAGCAAUGAGACAUACAUAGUAGAGCCAUCAUGGAGACACAUCAGUAAUUCUAGCAAAGAUCAAAUGAUAUCCUAUCGACAUUCUGAUGUCAAGUUUAACGUCACUUUUCACAAACCAAGCAGCGAUGGUCAGAAAGAAUACAGCUUUUGUGGCAACACAUCCCCUGAAAUUAAAGACGACAUUAACACUACCCAAAGUAACCAAGACGACAAUCAAAGAAAUCGCCGUGCAGCGCUACCAACCAAGUUACGAUGUCCAUUAGCUCUUGUUGCUGACUAUCGAUUCUACAAGGAGAUGGGGGACAGCGAUGAGAAGAAUACUAUCAACUACAUGAUAGGAAUAAUUGACCGAGUGGACCAGAUAUAUAAAUCAACAGUGUGGAGUUCUGGUUAUGGUGGUUUUGGAUUUGAGAUAGGAAAGGUGUUAGUCCACAAAGGGGCAACUACAUCAGGUGAUGGUGUGCAUUACAAUAUGGAGAGAGGGUUAUGGAACAUUAAAUCUUUACUGAAGGUGUUCAGUUAUCAGUCAGAAUGGAAGAAGUUCUGCCUCGCUCACUUGUUCACAUAUCAAGACUUUGCUGAUGGUGUCAUUGGUCUUGCAUAUGUUGGAAACCCCAGGCGUAAUGCUGUGGGUGGAAUAUGUACUGAGGACUACAGAACAGGUGAAGGAACAUUGUACCUCAACACCGGCUUAAGUAGCAGUAUCAACUGGAACAGGAGAGUCCUGACAGAGGAAGCAGACAUCGUCACUGCACAUGAAUUUGGUCAUAACUUUGGUAGUGAGCAUGAUCCUGAUAAYGCAGAGUGCGCUCCAAGUGAGAGGAGCGGAGGGAAGUACAUCAUGUACCCUGCAUCUGUCAGUGGACAGAGAGCCAAUAAUAAGAGGUUUUCACCCUGCAGUAAAAGACAAAUUAGUGCAGUACUCAAAGCCAAAUCACAACUGUGCUUUACAGAACCCAGAGAGAGAAUUUGUGGAAAUUACAAGAAAGAGCCAGGAGAAGAGUGUGACCCUGGAAAUCUUGGGACUUCAGAYAGCGAUUGCUGUACGAUGGACUGUAAGCUAAAGCCAGGAGCCCAGUGCAGUGAUGGAUAUGAUUCUCCUUGCUGCAAGGGCUGCCAUUUUGUCCAAAAGAGGACAAUUUGUCGCAAUGCAAACCCUUCCUUCUGUGAAGCACAAGCUUUCUGCAAGGACAAUGAAGCAACAUGCCCUGAAUCACCACCGCUACCUGACAAUACUACCUGUAUUGAAAGGGGUAAGUGCAAAGCAGGCAAAUGUGUAGACUUCUGCGUUGGGGAAAACUUGCUYCCCUGCAUGUGCACCAAUAUUGAAGAUGGAUGCAAGGUGUGUUGUCAGAAGGAUGAGAAUUCAACAUGCGUUGCCUGGAAGAACCAAACUAGUGGGGGUUUUUUGGAGCUGAAUGACGGGAGGCCAUGUGUCGCUGGGCGCUGUAGACAGGGCAAGUGCGAGAAAAGCUCUCAAGAUGCUAUCGAACGAUUCUGGAGUCUGCUCACCAACCUGGAUAUCAACACGUUUGUGGAGUUUAUGAGAGCAAACAUYGUUGGCACAAUCAUGUUCUUCUCAUUAUGUAUAUGGAUCCCAGUCAGCUGUAUUGUCCAUAGAAUCGAUGUAAAGAACGAUAAAGAAGUCAAGAAGGAAAUAGAAUGGAGAGAUCCGAAG